AUGGACUCACAACGUGAAUCCAGAACCGCACCGUUCUAUCCCGUCCCGCCUCGACGUCUGGUCAGCCUCGAGCACCCUGCCGUGAUCCUCAACCUCGACAGAGCCAUGGACACGCUCCAGGGGAACGCGGGGAUCGAAACUAUCCUCAACCCGCCUAAGGCCGAUACACCGGCGAAACUAACACUGCGACCUGAAGAUGUUAUGGCUCGACCGAUCCAGUCGAUGAGCUGUGCAACAAAUAAUGUCCUGCUCAAAAUCACUGUCCCCAAACGGACAGGUCGGAAGCGCAAACGAGGCUCGGAUGAGCCCUUCACCAAUGCCCUGCCAGAGGAUGUUGAAGAAGCUUCCCUCCGACGGACCUCAAAGGACUUGCUGCGCAGUCUACAAGACAAUGCUUCCAAGUACCGGAUUGAGGCAGUAGGGAGAGUGGAGCGCACGCAUGUCUUUCGAGGCUUGCCGGAUUUCAUGUGGUCGUCUACACGUAGUUCCUUCACGAACCAAUUUCGUGAGUGUAUCAUCCCAUUUGACUUGGAGAAAAUGAAGAGAUAUCACCUCGACAUGUCCAAAGGAGCUACUGUGGACGUGGAUAUCAUCCCGCCGCCCUCGUUCACCCAGGGUGAUAUUCCGUUCCAGUAUAUGUACCGCCAAAAUCCAACAGUCAAACAAGCCGUCGACCAAUCCGGCGAAAUUUUCACAGUGAACACACAGCAACCAACGAAGAUCCGCAGCCACCUAGUCUCGUUUGACAUUCCCGUCGUGCCCUCGGAGCCACAAGAAGACGUCGCUCCAAUCGAUACUGUCGACCCAGCCCUUCGCGCAACCAUCGAAAAAGUCAAAGAACUCUUCGAGCAGCGACCAGCCUGGACACGACGUGCCAUCCGCAGCAACCUUACCUCAGAUGAACAGCAAACCCUCCUCCGCCACGCAUUACCCUACGUUGGGUACAUUUUCCGAUCCGGACCUUGGCGCGACGCUAUCAUCAAGCUGGGCGUGGAUCCGCGCACUUCACCCGAGUACCGCCAUUAUCAAACCUUCAUGUUCCGCGUCACAGAAUCCAACGAGGCAGAGCAGGCCCGCGAUACUGCUGACGGCCGUGGCCCCAACCACCGUCGCCAGGGAUCCGAAAACGAGACCAUCAGCUCGGGUUCCAGGUCUGCACAAGCAAAUUCACACAUCUUCACAGGCCAACCGCCCCUCCAGCGUGAUGGCCGCAUCUGGAUGGCCUGUGAUAUCAAAGAUCCACUCCUACAAUCAAUCCUCUACCCACCCGAUCCGCCUCCUUCCUUCCUGUGCUCCGAAUGCGUCUCCAUCAGCAACGGUUGGUUCGGAAACGGUACAAUGGCGAAAGUGAAGACGAUUAUGCGUGCCAAGAUCGCCGCGCUAAUGGAAGACCGUGUGGCGCCUGAUUCUGACUUCCGACGCAUUCUACAAUUUCCCGACCAUGCGUCGAGCGAGGCUGAUCUUGCGUACUUUACGGUCGAUCCAGCUACAUCCUCUAGCAAGGAGAUUCAAUACGCGACGGAGAUUAGGGCGACUAUCAAGGGAGCGCCGCAUUGGAGAAGAAAGAACGAGAAGGAAUCGUACGGGCUGGAACGGAGGCCUGGGCGUGGUGGGCCAAGGAAGAAGGGGAAGAUGGGGAAAAUGGUCGGUUUUGAUGGGACUGAUGGGGAUGUUCAGCCGGAGCUGGAGCAGAGUGAGGGCGAGGAAGAGGAGAUGCAGCGGAAAGAGAUGCUCGAGGAGCAGGUUGCUGCUGCUGUGGCGGCGAGGGACGCAGCUGAGCAAGAAGAGGAAGGCGAUGAAGGGGAUAAUGAUGGGGACGAUGGAGAUGAUAUGGACGAGGAUGAUGAUGACCAAAGUGAUGGCACAGCAACUUAA